AUGUUCCGCCUCCCGGCGCUUCCCGAUGACGUCAUCGGCCGGCGCCGGCGGGCAGGGACCCGAGCGAGGCCGGCCCGGGGUCCCCUCCUGAACGGCCCCGCUCGGGCCCCGCCCCCCGGCCAGCCCAGCCCCCCCCUGCGCGAGGAGCACGUGACCUGCGUCCAGAGCAUUUUGGACGAGUUCCUGCAGGCCUACGGGAGCCUGAUCCCCGUCAGCGCUGACGAGGUGGUGGAGAAGCUGGAGGACAUUUUCCAGCAGGAAUUCAGCACCCCCCAGAGGCGGGGCUCGGUGCAGCAGCUGCUGCAGUCCUACCAGCGCCUGCCGGGGAACGCGCUGCUCCGCGGCUUCCGCGUCAGCUACAAGCGCCACGUGCUCACCAUGGACGACCUGCAGACCCUCUACGGCCCCAACUGGCUCAACGACCAGGUGAUGAACAUGUACGGGGACCUGGUGAUGGACGCCGUGCCCGACAAGGUGCAUUUCUUCAACUCCUUUUUCUACGACAAGCUCCGCACCCGCGGCUACGAGGGCGUGCAGCGCUGGACCAAGAACGUGGACAUUUUCGGGAAGGAGCUGCUGCUGAUCCCGAUCCACCUGGAAGUUCAUUGGUCGCUGGUGGCCGUGGACGUGGCGCGCCGCACCAUCACCUACUUCGACUCGCAGCGCACGCUCAACCGCCGCUGCCCCAAGCACAUCUGCCGCUACCUCCAGGCCGAGGCGGACAAGAAGGAGCGGCCGGAUUUCCGCGAGGGCUGGCGGGGAGCCUUCAAAAUGAACGUCGCCCGGCAGAACAACGACAGCGACUGCGGCGCCUUCGUGCUGCAGUACUGCAAAUUCCUGGCGCUGGGGCGGCCGUUCAGCUUCACGCAGCAGGACAUGCCGCACCUGCGCCGCCUGAUGUACAAGGAGCUCUGCCACUGCCAGCUCGCCCUCUGAAAAAACCCCAAAAAU